CACAUUUCACAAUCAUUGAUCAGACGCUUCUUUUCUCAUCACCAUGACCACCACCAAUGUGCUCCUGCACUUCAUGAUGUACAGCCUUAUGUGGCUCCUUUCAUCUCGUACCAUCAUUGCACCUUCGCCCGCAGGAAUUCUCGAUUUGGUACAUGAUAGCUCCUCAGGAAUUGCUGAGACUCACGAUGCGGGGGCUGUAAAGUCUACAAUAGAGAUAUCUGGUGAAAGACUACCUCAUUCUCAACCAUGUCGUCGAAACCUCGAAGGAUGUGGGUCAUUCCUUGAUAGGAAAUCGCCGAUAGCUAGAACGUCAGCAAGCAGUGGUGCUGGUCAAAGCUUAAAGCCCAAUGAAUACUCAGUUCUUCGAACUUUGGAACCAUCCAAGUCGUGGAAAGUCUCAAUAGUACUGAAAAUGCGUCGGAUCGAAGGAAAACUUCUGUUUGGGUUCUUUCCCAAAUUAAGAGACAAUUGGAAUAUCGCACAUGCAAAUUAUGAAGAGGUCCUCGCUGAGGUCAUGAGAUCCCAAAAUUGGGGAGACGGAGGGGUUGUGGCCACGACACUGGCCGAUAUGAAGACCGCCAGACAACGCUCCACGAGUAUCAUUGGACUAAGUCCGGAAGUCAGAAGACAUAUCUCGAAGACAGCACUACCAAAAUUAUACCAAAAUCUUGGCAGCGCUCUUGAUCAGAUAUUGGAUCAUCUGAUAGCUAGUAAUAGAGGUGGAGUAGACGUCGAGGCCAAAAUAUUUAUAUUAGACAAAUUGUUUAAAGCAGAACUUCAAGAUCCUGAACUACUUCCGUAUCUGAAACUCUCCAAAGAAAAGCUAGACUCCUUAUAUAAGAAGUAUCCACCAAAGCCGUCCACUGAGAAGCCCCAGAGCUUGAUCAAUACAAAUAUACCACCUCGCCCUUCUUUCUCGGAUUUGAACAAACUUCGACAACUAACACCAAAACUAGAAUCAGGUCACAUCUGGGGAUGGAUGAAUUGUAAGAUUGAUUUUCUUAUGAUCAAAAAUAACAAGGAACUCAAGCAUUUUUUUGGGGGUGAAAUUCAAUUACCAGAUCAAUUUCUAGCAGAACAAAAGAUUCUCGAACAUAUGAGAAAUUUAAAAACCCCAGUGAUCGAUGAAUGGAGUCCUAUCGAAAAGCUCACGAGAGAGUUCAAAGAAAGCACCCAACAGUCGGCCUGGUUUGACCAGGAAUUCCACCCAGAGAAGUUCAAAGUUUCCGAUUACAAAACACUUGAGGAGAUUGAUCUACAGCGAAGAGCACUCAUCAAAGCUGCCUAUCGUCGGACUAAAGCUGGUUUUUAUCCUCCUGGAACCGAUAAAGGAGAAGUGGAUUUCCUUCGGAACAUUCAAUUCGAAACUUUGACGAUAGAAGGUGUUAGUGAUCAUUCAGAAGAAGUUGUGCAUCUUUUAAAAGGUUCUAUUGAGCAUGGCAGUGAGAAGGCAAAAGCUUACUUGGAUCUACUCGAAGCCAUCCGAUCCCCCGAUUCGGCCAUCGCACAAAAGACGUGGGAUUCGAGGCUGUUGAGUUUGCGUCGAACGCCUCCGGUUCCCAAAAAGCCAGCAGCUGCUUCAAACCCGGCCGUAUCUUCAGCACAAACUAUCUCUUAA